CUCCGGCGAUCAUUCCACAUCAGUCGCCGGCGACCGAAUCCGUUCGCCGGAGCCAUAUUUGAAUUUCGCCUUCAAGGUGUCGUUUCCCCAAAUUAGAAGAUCUUAUUGUUCUGUGUGUUUGUGUUUGAGUGCGCGGUUUCGAUUUGGAUAAGCGCAGUGCUUCUCUGCUGAAGAAGUUGCGAGGCCUGUCCCUUGAGAGAGAGAGAGAGAGAGGUAAUGCGCCUGAGAAUUGAAGUUCGUUGAUCCUUCUUGAACUCGAAAUCUUUGGGGUAUUAUCUGCUGGCAUUGGCGGAUAAUAGUUUCCUGAGUGGUGGUUUGUUUGGAGCUCGGAUCUUGGAGAUUUCCGGCGGAGAAAAAGGGGCGGGGGGUUUCUUUGAUUGAAAUAAACAAUUAGGGUUUGGUAUUUCUUUAGCAUUGAGAGAAGAGAGUGUGGGGUAUGAAGGCAUUGGGGUGAGAUGUGCAGGGCGGAGAGCAAUAACAAGGGGCAAGAUUUUGGUUGGAUGGGUUUGAAGAGUAAGGUUCAAAAAGUGGGAAUGGGUGUGUCCGGGUCAGGGUCCGGGUCCGGGUCAUCGAGGUCUAGAAUGAAGAUGUGGAUGAUACGUGCUACCUCAUCGGUUUUGGUGUGGACUUGCAUCGUUCAGUUAACAGCUUUGGGUGACAUGUGGGGGCCUAGAGUUUUGAAAGGUUGGCCUUCUUGUUUUACUCAUGAUUCUGCUGUCAAGGCAUUGGGUAUGGAGUUUCCUUCUCCACGUCCUCCACUUCUCCCUCCCAAGAGAGUUUAUAAAAACAAUGGAUACCUUAUGGUCUCGUGCAAUGGAGGACUGAAUCAAAUGAGAGCUGCGAUAUGUGACAUGGUUGCCAUUGCAAGAUAUUUGAAUGUCACGCUUAUAGUCCCGGAACUGGAUAAAGCAUCCUUUUGGGCUGAUCCCAGUGAAUUCCAAGACAUAUUUGAUGUGGAUCAUUUUAUUACCUCCUUGAGAGAUGAGGUUCGGAUACUGAAAGAGUUGCCGCCUAGACUCAAGCUGAAAGUGGAACGUGGGUUACUUUACAGUAUGCCGCCCAUUAGUUGGUCUGACAUAUCUUACUAUAAGAACCAGAUUCUACCCUUGAUUCAAAAGUACAAAGUUGUCCAUUUAAAUCGAACUGAUGCGCGGCUGGCCAAUAACGGUCAACCUCUCGAGCUUCAGAAGCUGCGAUGCCGAGUUAAUUUUAGUGCUCUGAGAUUUACUUCUCAGAUAGAGGAGUUGGGCAGAAAGGUCAUCAAGCUUCUAAGUAAAAAUGGUCCAUUUCUGGUCCUUCAUCUUAGAUAUGAGAUGGACAUGUUAGCAUUUUCUGGCUGUACUCAGGGUUGCAACAGUGAUGAGUUGGAAGAGUUGACAAGAAUGAGAUAUGCUUAUCCUUGGUGGAAAGAAAAAAUAAUUAAUUCUGAUUUGAAAAGAAAAGAUGGUUUAUGUCCUUUAACACCUGAGGAGACCGCCCUUACUCUUAGGGCUCUUGACAUUGAUCGGAACAUUCAAAUAUACAUUGCAGCUGGGGAAAUAUAUGGUGGGGAAAGGAGAAUGGCAAGUCUUGCGAAAGACUACCCAAAAUUGGUCAGGAAGGAAACACUGUUGGAGCCAUCUGACCUUCAGUUCUUCCAAAAUCAUUCAUCGCAGAUGGCGGCAUUGGAUUAUCUUGUCUCAGUAGAGAGCGAUAUUUUUGUCCCCACGUAUGAUGGAAAUAUGGCCAAAGUAGUUGAGGGCCAUCGCAGAUAUCUUGGGUUCAAGAAGACAAUUUUAUUGAGCAGAAAGCUCCUAGUUGAUUUGAUAGAUCAGUACAAUAAUGGAGUACUGAACUGGGAUGAAUUCUCUUCAGCUGUGAAGGAAGCUCAUGCCGAUCGCAUGGGUAGUCCAACUAAAAGAUUGGUAAUCCUUGAUAAGCCCAAAGAAGAGGAUUAUUUCUAUGCGAACCCACAGGAGUGUUUAGAACCAUCAGAUGAUCCGUUGAGUAGUGCAUGAGUAAUGUGUCUGGAAAAUAGUGGGAUUUUACUUGUGCCAUCUCCUGGUGCCCUUGGUUUUCUACCACAGAUACUGAGAUAGUUCUCCACGCAGUUUUAGCAAAGACGAUAGCUUUAUUGUGUCGAAGAGGCAGUUAUGGUGACCCAUAAAGAAAAGAGGAUGGGGGUGGGAUAGCCUUUAACGAAAGCUCUAGUCAAGCAAAGCAGCCGAGGGAUACUUAAUAUUUUAUGUAUGCAAAUAAUCCAUCACAUUCAUGUAUAGAAGCUACCCUGCCAUUACAGGGUGAGAGCAGUUCAAACAGCCUUGUACACGGAGGAAGUCAUAGAAAUUUGGAUUACUGGAACUGCAGUUCUUGGAAGCUUAAUUCAUUGGUAUUUGCCCCCCCCUUUUUUUAGAUAUAAAUAUAUACUUUUUCUUUUCUCUUUUGCCUCCUUUCUUUUUGUCCACCGCCAUCAUUGUGAUUUUCGGGAUUAUA